AUGUUUUCUAGUCGCCGUAAACCUGCACCUAAGACUAGUAAUAGUUUUUCAUCAUCAACAUCAUCAUCGGCUAAUUCAUAUAUACCUAAGAGUAGAAGAGCAUCACCUGUUGUUUUACGUCAAUUAACUGUACACAAUCUUGAUGAAACGAAUUCAAGAAAUCGAAAUUAUUCACCAUCAUCAAGACAAAAAGAUCAAUUUCGAAUUCCAAGACCAAAUAUUACUCUGCCAAAUCCAUCACUACAUGAAUCUAUAGAUAAUUCGAUAUGGACACCUAGUGGACGACGUGCGUAUAUCCAAGAGCCUUCGCCGUCAACAAACUCAACUGCAAGAACAAGUCGUUCUGAACGACCACUCUAUCAAAUAGCAUUACCACCAAAUGUACCACCCCAACCGAUUCAAUAUCAAAUUGUACCUAUUCAUUCUCAAAGACCUUUGCCAACUCAUAGUCGCCGUCGUAUAAAACGAAAAAAGAAAUAUUUACAAGAAAAAAGUCCCGGUUUAUAUGCAACUCUAUGUUCCGGUGGUUGCAGUACUUUUGUCGCACUUCUAUAUUUAAGUUUGUGUCUUGCUUUGCCAUUAACAAAAUUUGCAUUGGGUAUACGUUAUAUGCACGAUUGUCCUGCUGAUGAUAAGAUUCCAUUGUAUAUGAUUGUUUCUGGUGCUUGUGGUUUUGGUAUUAUAUUUUUUGUUUUUCUCUCAUCAGCUUGUACAUAUUAUCGAUCAUAUAUGAUUGGAAGAAAAUCAACUCAUACAUUCAUAAUCUGUUUCACGGCAUUUGCACGUGGUAUGCAAGGUGUCAUAGUCAUCUUUCUUUUUAUUUGGUUUUUACUUGGAAACGUUUGGGUAUUUAGUGCUCGAUAUCGUGUUCAAACAAAUAAUCCAAAUAAUAAUAACUACUGUCAUCCAGUUCUAUACUGGUUUGCUUUCUAUGCUCUAAUUUUUACUUAUGUCUAUGCGAUAUUUUUGUGUUUUAUGAAAUUUGUUACAAAUUUUUUUUGUUGUCGCUCAUUCGAUAUUUGGAAGAGAGCUUUUACAUAA